AUGCAUAAACUUUCACUGGGAUCCCUUGGACCAUCUUAUGGUCGACAGGACCAUUCCAAUGCAGUUGGUAUGAAUCAGCUGCAAAAUGUCAUACCAGAGUCCCCAAAUUUUGCUAAAUGGAGACGCUAUAUGGAUGGUCACAAGACACAGAAGGAACGAAACGAUGUUCUGCGACUGAAGAAAAGGAGGAUGCUGAUAUGUGAUCUCAUCCUGCAUAAAGUCUUAGGCUCUCAUGCCCUUCUCAAUGCCUGGUCUGAUGUUGAUUUUGGGCCUAACAAGAACAACAUCCUGGAUGCAACUUCAACUGAUCCCAUGCACACAAUUGAAGAGGGUCUUAUCCCAAUGAUAUUGGAAGUCUUCUUUGGUCUUAUGUCCCCUGCAGCCUUGAAAGAAAUUGAUGAUUAUGUUGAGUCCCUGUUUGGUCCAGGUCGGAACCAAACCAGGGAGAAGGAGAAUUACCCCAGGGUUACCUUCCGACAUGGAUACACAAAGCUCACAAAUUUGAGUUCAUCUGAAAGACUUGGUCAGCUUUUUUUGCUUUCCAUCAUCCUCCAAAGCAAGAAGGGACAGGAUUUGCUAUUGCAUCGAUUCAGAGCAUCAUUUGAUUCAGAACGUGAAGAACGUCAGUCACGUUCAAGGAAGAGAACCAAGUCCAGCCCUGGUUCCAAUAAUUUAACACCAACAACACCAGCAUCCACAGCCAUAGAUAAUGAUAAUGAGCCUGAAUUGGGGAGAGGUACUGAUGAUGAUGAUGAUGGGGAGGAGGCCAAUGUGUACCACCUAGAGGAAGACACAUGCAAUUAUCCAGACGAGGAAGUUACAUUGGUGAAACUAGAUUGGCCUGAGGUGAAGGAUUAUUUGGAUGUUAUUGGACUUCAAUAUGUGCACAAGGACCUGGAACCACAACUGCCUCAGCAUCAUAAACAGUGA